CAGAACGAAAGGUUCAGUUAAAAGUGAUCCUCUUCUCGCGCAAGUAUGGAGUGUUUACUGAAGUCCCCAAUGAAACUUGUACUUUUAGUGGCAUGGCUUUCUAUUCUGCUGGGCCCUGGAAAGUUUUCUGAAGUUUGCAAAAAAUGUCAUAAGGAUGCAAAGUGUGAAAAUAAAAACGGCUCAGAAAAGUGCCUCUGCAAUCUUGGAUAUACUGGUGAUGGGAUAAAGUUCUGUGCAGAUGAUGACGAGUGUCAAAAUGUCACAGACAUAUGUGGCAAAAAUGCCAACUGCACCAACACUCUGGGAAGUUACUUCUGUACAUGUAACCCUGGCUUUAAAUCUACAGGGCUCAGCUCAUUUCAGACAAAUGACGGGACACUUUGUGAAGAUAUUGAUGAAUGUAAGAAUGAGAAAGUCUGUGGUCCAUUCUCCCACUGCCACAAUACAAAUGGAUCCUAUUACUGCUCUUGUCAACGGGGUUAUGAUCCAGUUUCAGAAACUAAACCCAAGGAUGGCAGGUUUUGUAUAGAGAGUCCAAAGAAAAACUGUCAUCUCAAUGACACCUGCAUCUCAAAGAUUGUUAACAAAACAAUUGGCAGUAUGACCAAUAUUACAAAACCGCUACCCCUACUGGAGGAGAUAAGAAAGCAAACUUCUGGGGAACUAUCACCAGUUGAUGUAAUUUCAUAUGUGGAGGCCUUAUCUCAUUCAGUCACAUUAUUAAAUCCUGUGGAUGAUACCAGCACUAAUAUGGAGGCUCUGGCCAAUGAAACAAUAACAGAAUUUAUAAGCACAGUUAACAACCUUGUUGAAAAGGAUGAAAUGAAUGCAUGGUAUAAAAUAAAGACAGAAGACCGGGAAAGGACUAUUACUAAACUCUUGCAUACUGUGGAAGAAGCAACACUGAGUAUUUCUAAGAACUACAAAACAUCAACAGAGGUGGAGGUAAACAGAGAACAUAUAGCUCUUAAACUGUAUGCCUUUGAUUCCGAACAAACUAAAACGAUUAAUAUUCAAACUACAGUGAAAGAGGAUUUUAUAAAACUAACUUCUAAAAAAACAAAUCUAAAGGGAAAUGUCUCUAUUGUCUUUCUGCAUUAUAAUGGCAUUAGUAAUCUUCUGAAACAUAGCAAUGACAGACCUGUAAUGGACUAUGAACAGUUUGCAGAAGAUUUUACUGUGGCAUCUCAGGUGAUAGCAGUGGCAUUAAAACCAGCAAACAUCUAUAAGGUUGAACAUAUCACAUUUUCACUGAAACACUCGCAGCCAGUUGACUCUGAAGCUCAUGUCACCAAAUGUGCUUUCUGGGAGUACUCCCCACCGAUUAUGAAAGGCCGCUGGGCCACAACAGGUUGUGAACGCUCUCAUGCGAACAGAUCCCACACGACCUGCAGCUGCAACCACCUGACACACUUUGCCAUCCUGAUGUCCUCCGGACGUGCAGAUCUAUCACCACAUGUGGAUAUCCUGACCAGAAUCACCCAGCUUGGAAUGAUCAUUUCACUCAUUUGCCUUUCCAUGUGUAUCUUUACUUUCUGGUUCUUUAGUGAGAUACAGAGCACAAGGACCACUAUUCACAAAAACCUUUGCUGUAGUCUCUUCAUGGGUGAAUUUAUUUUUCUUGUUGGAAUUAAAAUGAGUGCUCAUAAACUGUUCUGCUCCAUAGUUGCUAUGCUGCUGCAUUAUUUCUUUUUAGCUGCUUUUGCUUGGAUGUGUAUCGAGGGGAUACACCUUUACCUGAUAGUGGCUGGUGUGAUCUACAAUAAAGGUUUCCUGCACCGAAAUUUUUACAUUUUUGGCUAUGGAAGUCCUGCAGUAGUGGUGAUAAUUUCUGCCACACUAGGUUACAAAUAUUAUGGCACCAAUAAAGCGUGCUGGUUAAGUACAGAAAACAAUUUUAUCUGGAGUUUCAUUGGACCUGCUUGUUUGAUUAUUCUGGUAAAUCUCUUGGCUUUUGGAGUCAUCAUUUAUAAAGUGUAUCGCCAUACCGCUAUAAAGAAGCCUGAAAUCAGCCACUAUGAAAAUAUAAGGUCUUGUGCUCGCGGUGCCCUCGCACUUCUGUUUGUCCUUGGUGCAACCUGGACUUUUGGUAUCCUUCACAUCCUUCAUGAGACUACUGCUACAGCGUAUCUCUUCACCAUCUUCAAUGUUUUCCAGGGAAUGUUCAUUUUCAUCUUCCUGUGUGUCCUGUCCAGAAAGAUUCAAGAGGAGUACUACAGAUUGUUCAAAAAUGUACCAUGUUGCUUCGAGUGCCUUAGAUAAACAUUACAGUAUGCCCAUGGAGGAGAAAUGCAAUACUUGUGUACACCAACAUGUAUCUUUAAAGAAAAACUAUUAAAAUAAAGUGUCCACUGCUAAUUCCAUAAAAAGUUUAAAAACCCUUUCACAGGCUGUUGGAACUGACACCUUCGUUCAGUGAUGCAUGAACGUCUAUGUUUAAUUUACAUUAUGUAUAAUUUACGUCACGUUUUCUAUAAUUUAAUGUAAAUUUGACUGCAAAAAACAAAUGUGUUUUAAUGUACAACAUACAUCAAAAACUUGUGUAACCGAUUUGCUCACUAACAUUUGGGCAACACCAACAAUGUCAGCUAAAUUAAGUGGAUAUCUUUCAUCAUUGUUUUUUGUUAUUUCAAUGUUUAUGUCGAUGUCAAUGCUAUUUUUUACUGCCAAAAGUGAUAAAUACCACAAGAAACACUCAGUAUUACUGUGUGAAAAUACAUAAUAUUAAUCUGAUAUUGAUAUGGUGAUUUUAGAAAAAUGCUAUGACUUUGAU